UGAAUAUUUAAGAUGUUAAUUUCCUUCGUUGUUUGCUUCCAUCAUCAUCUCAACAAUCAGUCUCUUCAUCCACUACAAAUUACGUCUUUUCCUCAUUCUUCUUUUCUUUGGCUAGGAUCAGACUUCAGGACAUUCUCUUCACAAAACCACAUCCAUUCUUUUGCUAGUAGAUCAGCCCAGAACUUUCACUUCAUCACAAAUUCGAGCCACUUCCAAAGAAAAGUAAUACACUCUUUUCUUAUAUUUUCUAAUUGCGCGAACUUUGUUUCCCGCUACACAACUUUCACCUCGUGAAAAGCCUUCUGAAUCACCCUUUAUCACCGUCAAACCCCUGCUCAAGUCUCGUUCAAAAUGUUUGCCCCCAAAAACAGAGAAAGUACCUACGGCACCUUCGCAUUCGCCUUCACCAUCACACGAGCUUUACAAGCCAUUUGCCUCAUAUGCAUUCUCGGUAUGUCUGCAAAUUUUAUCGGAGAAAUCAACGCGGCAGAUACGGCACCGCCCGAAGUUCUCAUCGGAACCCUCAGUGUUGUAUGUCAACUUCAUCCCUAUCCGCGCACAUUCACACCAUACUAACGUUAACCAGGUCGUUAUUGCCAUAAUCUAUAUCGGCGUCUCCUAUCUUCUCUACCUUGAAGAGCAAAUCUCCUUUCUCAUUUCUACAGCAUGCGACUCAUUGGCUCUUAUUGGACUCAUCGUGGUCUCUGUGAAAGUUGGAACACCCCUUUCCUACCUUGAUUGUCCUGCCCUUCCCAACGUUGGAGUGACAUCAACAUUUGUUGAAUCAGCUGUCGGCAAUUUCUCCAAGGCCAAUUACUAUUAUUGGGUCAAUGCAUCGAAGACUGCGUGUUACGAGAUGAAAGCCAUCUGGGGAUUCAGCAUGGCACUCUGUGUACUGUUCUUCUUCAGUGGCAUUGUCAAUAUUUGCAUUUGGCACAAGUUGAAGCAGUUUGUUCCGCGAAAGGAUGUUUUGGAGUACCAAGGCUAGAGUAAUUUGAGCAGCAGUAGCGGGUAGCAGAAGAAGAAGUGGGAAAAUGGAUACUGCACCGAACGGGAAUUAUGAUGCGUGCAACGAGAUGACAGAAGGCGGUCAUGAGAAUAGUGGAGGAAUUCUCAUCGGAAUAAGAAUGGUUCUUUUGACAUUAUCGAGGGGAACCCAGGGGAAAGGAUCGACUGGAUUGCGUCAAGAUUUUGGGUUUGUGGUGGUACACUCGAUAGCAUAGAGCAUUCAGCAGCUAAAAACAUGGGGACAUUGGCGUAGAAGGAGAAAAUGCGGGGGUCUCUCGGUAGCACGAAGGAGGACGUAAUAUGCUAGACAAAAACUGGGCCUCGUGGUUGAGAGAUUUAUUUGUUGGUUCUGGAUCAUCAUGUUAAUGUUUGUUUUCUUGUUUUGGGAUACAGCAAUCGUCAACAAAACUUUAAUGAUUAACGAUAUCUUUUGUUUCUACACAUUGCUUAUUAUCUAUCUAU